UGAAUCCAAACCAAAAAUCAAACUUUCACCCACUAACACACAAGUAUUCUUUUGGUUACUUGGCUGAGGGGAAAGGGAGACGCCUUUAAAACCAGUGUGAACUUGCGAACCGCACUUUCAUCUUUCUGCCCAUUUUGGCAAUUUUUAGCAGCAUUCUCUCCCUUUGCGAUCGAUUUCUCUGCAUUUCUCAAGCACUGAAGAAUGUCUCGUAGGUAUGAUAGCCGCACGACUAUUUUCUCUCCUGAAGGUCGGCUUUACCAGGUGGAGUAUGCCAUGGAGGCCAUUGGAAAUGCUGGAAGUGCCAUAGGGAUAUUGGCAAAAGAUGGAGUUGUUUUGGUUGGUGAGAAAAAGGUGACUUCUAAGCUCCUCCAAACCUCCACCUCGAGCGAAAAGAUGUAUAAGAUAGAUGACCAUGUAGCUUGUGCUGUUGCUGGUAUUAUGUCGGAUGCCAAUAUCCUAAUCAACACUGCUCGAGUCCAAGCUCAGCGUUACACUUUUGCUUACCAAGAGCCAAUGCCAGUCGAGCAGCUGGUUCAAUCCCUCUGUGAUACUAAGCAGGGUUACACUCAGUUUGGUGGGCUACGGCCAUUUGGUGUUUCUUUCCUCUUUGCCGGGUGGGAUAAAAAUUACGGGUUCCAACUAUAUAUGAGUGACCCAAGUGGCAACUAUGGUGGAUGGAAAGCUACAGCAAUUGGAGCAAACAAUCAAGCUGCACAGUCUAUGCUUAAACAGGACUACAAAGACGAUAUUACCCGAGAAGAUGCCGUUCAGUUAGCUUUGAAGGUUCUUAGUAAGACCAUGGAUAGCACUAGUCUUACUUCCGAGAAGCUUGAAUUGGCGGAAGUUUACCUUACGCCUUCUGGAAAAGUCAACUACCAGGUGCACACUCCGAAAUCGUUGAACACCUUGUUGGAAAAGUCUGGACUGACUCAACCUGCUUCUGAAACCUCUUGAGUUAAACAUGGCUUAGCGGACUUAAUUAUGUCGUUUAUAUUCCGUUUUACGGUGACAUUGUGUAAUGUACUCUUUGAUUUUACAUGCCUCUCGCUUAAUCCUUGUCUUGAGUCGUGAACUACCGAAAGGAAAAGGGCAUGUUGUGUAAACUUCCCCCCUGUAGUUUUUAUGAUAUGCUCUAUGAUGGUGUUUAUGUUUUGAUUA